CUUUAAUUGCACUGUUUACACCUUAUUGCUUCCACCUUUUCUCUUUGAAGUCUAAAUAUUCAGAGUGCGAGAAAGUGUACAUAAAACAAGAGGGCUAAAAUACAGCUGCCAAAGAAGAGCGUCAGUCCCUAACCUAUCAUAACCUAUAAUAACUUGCAGAAGGGAAAUCCAAACAUGUCACGUCGCGAUACUAAUAACGACAGCAUGAAUAAUUUGCUAAACGAGAAAAGCAUCGAUCUGGAAAACUGUAGGAAAUUAGUUAAAUCAUACAUUGACAUGCACCUUUAUAGCGCUGCUUUGUUUUGGGCUGAUAAAGUAUUGUCUCUGAGCAACGAAGAUCCAAAGGAUGUGUGUACUUUGGCACAUUGCAUGUAUCUCAUGAAACAGUAUCAUCGUGCUGCACACCUCAUAAGGAGGCAUGGUUUAGAAAAGACUGAUGUAAUGUGUUACUAUUUAACUGCGAGGAGUUUACUAGAAGCUAAGGAAUAUAAUGAGGCGCUUCAAGUCAUUAGUGAGUCUGAAAUAUAUACAAACAUGACACAAUCAGGUAUUACUUUUACUGAUCGUACGGAUAUUCUUCAGGAUGCCCCGAAAAAUGUCCAAAGUGCAAUAUUAUAUGUGAAAGGGAGAAUAUAUGAAGCCAUGGAUAACAGAGCAGUAGCAACAGAAUUUUAUAAGCAGGCUUUGCAGUGUGAUGUCUACUCGUAUCAAGCGUUUGAAGCUUUGGUGCAGAAUCAGAUGCUCUCGGCUACUGAAGAGAGGGAACUUCUGGAAUCUUUACCUUUUGCUGAACAAUGUACUGAGGGUGAGGCAGAACUCUUGCGACUGCUGUAUGAGAGUAAACUAAAGAAGUAUCAGGAGCCAAACAAAAAGCAGUCGUUAAUUACAUGUAACGUAAUGGGAAUUUGCAUCACUGAUAGAUUAUCGGAUAAUCUGGACAUGGAAGUCACAAAGGCUGAAAGAUUGUAUUACAACUGUGAAUAUCAUCAAUGUUUCGCACUGACAGAGAAAAUCUUAAGGAAAGAUCCAUAUCACAAUUCCUGCCUGCCGGUACACAUUGCCUGUUUAGUCGAACUGAAGAAGACUAAUGCUUUAUUUUAUUUGGCGCACAAAUUAGUUGACUUAUACCCGGAAAUGGCAUUGGCGUGGUUUGCAGUUGGAUGCUAUUAUUAUAGUAUAGAUAAAAGUGACCAAGCAAGAAGAUAUCUGGCAAAGGCCACGGCGUUGGACAGGCUGUUUGGUCCCGCUUGGUUGGCAUAUGGACAUUCGUUUGCGGUAGAAAACGAACACGAUCAAGCGAUGGCCGCUUAUUUCAAGGCAUCGCAACUGAUGAAAGGCUGCCAUCUGCCACUUUUAUACAUCGGAUUAGAAUGCGGUUUGACGAAUAAUAUAAAACUGGCCGACAAGUUUUUUCAGCAAGCCCAAGGAAUAGCACCCAAUGAUCCGUUCGUCAUACAUGAGAUGGGUGUUAUAUGUUUUUACAAUUUAGAUUACAAGAACGCGGAACGAUUAUUUAAGGAAGCAAUGAAGAGAAUCCAAGGCGAUCCCAAAGACGUGCUUCUGCCUAGUAAGUGGGAAGCUCUGUUGAAUAAUUUAGGCCACACAUGUAGAAAGAUGAAGAAAUACGACGAGGCGUUGGGAUAUCAUCAACAAGCAUUAGUUCUGGACCCUCUGAACCCGUCGACUUACUCGGCAAUUGGAUAUAUUCACGCGCUAACGGGUAACACCCAAGAGGCAGUGGAUGCUUUCCACCGAGCACUCGGUCUUAGGAGGGACGACACGUUCACCACGACCAUGUUGGGCUACGUGAUGGAACAACUGAUCGACGAGACGCCACCGUAUCCAGACGCACCUACGGAAGUACCAAAGUACAAACAGUCUCCAAACAGCGAGAUCAGACUGUCUGUGGAGAACAGCAGUAAUGUAAGCACGUCCGACGACCCGAAUAUCGACAAACUAAGAGUAAAUCUAUUCUCUGGAUGGGGAGAGAAUUCCAGCAAAGGGGAAAAUAAUCCGUCCGACAAGCUGGAACGUUCGCAACACGUCUCCCUGGUUAAUUACUCGACCAGCGACACUUCCGAGGUCGAAAUGUUAGACUCGUCGACCGCGCAUAUAGAGUAUAAUUAAACCUACUUUUUUCUUAUAUAUAGUGUGUUCAUUCGUCAUAAGGCAAGAAUAAUUUAAGCUUCAUUUCAAACAUACUUAUUUCCGGAGCGGAAUCGUCGGAGUGUAAAUAGUGUACAUACGUCUUGUACAUAUUCUAAUUUUGAUACACCUUGCACAUAAAACGACGAACUUCUUACUACAAGAUCGUUUGCACUAUGCGAUAAGUCAUCAACUUGUAGCGAAUCUGUAGCUUGGGAAAUAAAAAAAUGUUCAUUAUCUAAUCCGUUGACAGCCAGAUACUUUCCUUCUCAUAUUGAGAAAGAUGAAAAUCAUCCAACAGGUUGAAGAAAAUGCAUUGUUCGUACUAUUAGAGCGAAAAAAUGCGAACGAACAAAAGACCUAGAUUCGAAAGCAAGUAACGUCGG